AUGAAGGAUAAAACUCAAAAGAGUAAUGGAUAUCAAUCUGAUGAUGACAAUGUGCGGUAUAAGUUAAACACCCAUUAUUUCAAUACUGCUAAUAAGUCACCUUCAAAAGUUAUAAAAAAGCAGGAAAUAGCAGAAAACGAUGAUGAUAGUGUUCGCUAUAAGUUUCCUACAGUUUUACCUAAAACAAAAACAGAGAAGAGAUCAAAAACAAAACCAAAAAUUAAAGUGAAUUUUUGGAGUAACAAACGAACAAGUAGACUACGCAGUAAUGAAGCAAAAAUACUUCCAACAAAUCAUAGACAUAGGGACGUUAUAAAACCACCAGCUUCAUUGUCACGUAAAGCAAAAACUUCAGUUGUCAAAGUUCGGAAGCGAGUGUCUUUUCUGCCUUCACCUCUUUUUUCUGAUAACCAUGUACCUAUGGUGACGGUGCCUGAUGAUUUGACUAUACAGCUGAAUGAAGAAGAAGCAAAUGAUCUCCGUGAGGAUUUAAAUCUUGCUUAUGUAAAUAAUAGUGGUGCUAGCAGCAAUAACCCCAGUGAACCAGUCAAAAGAAAAGUUAAAACCUCUUCUUCACAUACAAGCUCCAAACCUAAUAAACGCAAAUGUAGUCCUGAUAAUAUAGAAACUAGAACGCAGGGCAAUGAAAAUGAGCUUGAAUUUUUCUCUAAGUAUGUAGUUCAAAAAUUAAGAAGAAUGGAAACAAAUCAGCGCAUAUAUUCUGAGAAUUUAAUAAACACUGUGCUCAUGCUUGGACAACUGGGAAAAUUAAAUGGCAAAUCAAAAAUUGCUGAAAUAUAA